AUGUGUUAUGGGAUUAUUCCUUAUAUUGCGCCUGAGAUUUUUCAAAAGCAAAACUUUUGCGAAACGUUGAUUAAUGAUUCAAAUAUUGAAUGUAGAAGUCAUACUAAAGCUUCAGACAUAUAUAGCUUUGGUAUAAUUAUGUGGGAGUUAAUGGCAGGUAGAAGACCAUUUUGGGAUCAAAAUUAUGAUACAGAUCUCAUCAUUAAAAUUUGUGAUGGCAUUCGUCCUCCAAUCGUUACAAAUGCACCCGAAGGAUUUAUUAAUAUAAUGCAAGAAUGUUGGAAUGCUAAUCCGAAUAAAAGACCAACAGCUAGUAAAAGAAAAUAUAGAGAAAAUUUUAUUGAUGAUGAUAAAAAUAAUAAAAAAAUCAAACCUAAUGAGAGCCAUAGUUAUUUAUCUAACGCAUUAGAAUUUGAUAUUUGA